AUGCAACUCGCACAAGACAGCAGCAAGCUCGACUUGCAAGAGCGACUGUCGUACAUCCAGUCCGCCGAUGGCGACGAGUACAGCGAGACAAAGAGCCCGACGAUGUCGGACAGCGGCGCGUUGAUGGCAGGGGGCGCGCUGGACUUGAUGUCGAUGGAAGCGAUGGGGCUGUUUGCCCAAUAUGCCGCGAUCGGGGUCGUCUACGGCAUGAUUCCGUCGCUCAACUACCCGAUUUUCAACGUGUUCCUCAACAUGGAGGGGUACCAGACGGCAGCGUAUUCGGUCUUGGUCACGCUCGGGUGGUCGUUCAAGGUCGUGUUUGGCAUGAUGUCGGACUGCGUGCCGAUCUGCGGGUACCGCCGCAAGUCGUGGAUGCUGAUCGGAUGGGCCAUCACGAUGACGAGCUUGGCUGUCAUGGCGUUCUCGAGCGUAGGAGACCCGUUUUGCAACCGAGCGAAUCCAACAUUUGCCAAGUACUGUGGCCAGCCGCUGCAAACGGUGCCGCCGGACGCCAUUGCGGCCAAUUUCAACUUGGCUGCUCCUGACAACGGGUCCAAGUUUAUCCUUCUCUCGAUGGUCGUGUCGUUCGGGUACGUGUUGGCGGCUUGUGCGUCGGAUGCGAUGGUGGUCCAGUAUGCGCGGCGCGAGCCGGAAGCGAUCCGCGGCCGCGUCCAGACUGCUAUCUACACUGUUCGCACCGUCGCAGGGAUGAUGUCGGUGGCUAUCGUUGCCGUUGGACUGAAUGGACCGAAUUUCAACGGAUCGUUCUCGUUCGCGGUCGCGCCGAACGUGCCGUAUGCAAUGUGUUUGGUGCCGUGUGUGGUGGCUAUCGUCUCGACGACGUUUGUCGUGGUGGAGGAGAAGGAAAUGGCAGUGUCGAUGACGACGUGGGGCGUCGGCUUUUGGGCGUUGCUCCAGCAGCGCGCCAUGUGGCAGGUGUGCGCGUUCCGGUUCAUCAACAACUUUUUCAACUGGAUCAGCGCGACGCCGUCGGCCCCGAUUCAAACGUACUGGGCCCACGUCACGCCCCUCAACGACUCGCUGUCCCAGCUGGCUGGGAAAGCCAUCUUUGCCGCGACGCUCGCGGCUGUUGCCUCGUGGGGUCUCCAUUGGAACUGGCGAUGGAUCAUCGCGCUCGGGUCCGUCAGCGUUGUCGCGAUGGACGCGAUCGUGAUGUACCUGACGAUCUGGGACGUUGUGCGCAACCAGUGGUUCUUCACAGGAGUUGGGCUGAGUGAAAACGUGCCGGAUGGCGUCCGCUUCAUCGUGGCCACGUACUGCGCGGUCGAAGUGGCCGACCAGGGCGUCGAAGGCGCCACGUACGGCCUCCUGACGACGAUGAACAACCUCGCGGCGCCGCUCGCGUCGGUCGUGUACAAGUACAUCGACUCGUUCUUCGACGUCACGAACGACGACAUCAAGGCCGACACUACGCGAGUUCGAUGGGAUGCCACCGUCGUGUACUUGAUCUCGUACGCAAGCAAACUGUUUGCGUUGGUGUGGCUGGGCAUGCUGCCGCCGCAGAAGCGCCAAAUGCAGGCGCUGAAACGAGGCGGCGGCAAGAGUGCCGUGGCUGGGGCCGUCUUGAUUCUGUUGUUUGUGACGGCGCUCGCGUUCUCGAUCACGAGCAACUUCAUGUCGAUCUCGCCCUCGUUCAAGUGCUACCGCAUUGCGGGCGGAAACGGCAAGAUCGACCCGACCACCGGCCGCUGUCCCAUGCCAUAACGAUAACCGAAACUAUCGCACUCGACGUGUAUGAAAAAGGCAUUGUGCAUGGCAUGGCACCACGCACAGCAUGCACACGACCAAGGACGGCAUCGACUCUGUGUCGAGACCUCAUGACUAGGUGCAAAAGUUGUUCUCGC